AUGGAGAAGUUCUCGCAGUUCCGCGACAAGGGCUCAGGAAUCGCGCCGUUCCUACCCAUCCCACCCGAGCCAAAGGGCGUUGCGCUACCCUUCCACAUCUUCCUCUACGUCUGUCGCGUGCCUCUGCUCCUGUUCUUCUGUAUCGCAUAUUUCGCCUUCUUCCAAUUCCUACCGUUCGGCGUGCUCGGGCGGAAAGCGUCGCUGUGGUGCAUACUCGGCAUCCCAGGCAUCUGGUGGAUUGAUUUGCAGAUAGAUGGCGUCAAGAAAGGAUCCCUUGCCCAGCACUCGGCCCGUUUGCCCAAGGCAGGCUCCAUCAUAGCCUCUACAUACAACUCGCCCAUCGAUGCGCUGUACCUGGCCGCCAUUUUCGACCCCAUUUUUGCCGCCAGCUAUCCCAACACACGUCUCGUCCAGCCUCUAACGCUCUUCCAGGCGACAAUACGGGCAUUCAGCUCGCCAUCAUCGCAAGUCCAAGCUCCGCCAAACGCGAAGCUCGUCGAUGUAUCAACCUACCUUGCCCAGAAUCCUAACCGGGUGAUGGUGCUUUUCCCAGAGUGCACCACGUCCAACGGUCGUGGCACCCUCCCGCUCUCUCCGUGUUUGCUAGCAGCAUCUUCCCGGACAAAGGUACAUCCUGUUCACCUGCGCUACACACCAGCCGAUAUUACGACACCCAUCCCGCACGCCUACGGAACCUUCCUGUGGAACCUCUGCUCGCGACCGACUCACUGCAUCCGCAUUCGGAUCGCCGAGGCGGUUCAGAACUCGGCACAGAAUCAUGCAGCGUCAUUGAAGGCCUCUGCUCUUGACAGUAUCGCAGACAGUGCCUCUGAUGCCGAGACUUUGGUUGGCACAGAGGAGGAUGGACCGCAGACCCAGGAGGAACGCAUAUUUCUAGACAAGAUCUCUGAGGCGCUGGCACGACUUGGACGAAUCAAGCGCGUGGGACUUGGUGUGAAAGAGAAGGGCGACUUUGUCGACAUGUGGACGAAGAAGAAACGAUCUUGA